AUGAAACCACAAGGAAGGUUAUGUGAAUUGUGUCCAGAGUCCGAGGAAUCCCGAGAGGCUCCUGCGUACACCCCACCGAGGCCCUCCUUCGGAUGUGUAAUUCAUGCGAAAUCAGUUUUCAUAGAAAGUCUUCUUUUGCAGAUCUUACUCGUCCUCGCUCUCGUGGCGUUCGCUUCUGCCGACAAGAGGCCAUCUUUCUCCUAUGGCGUUCCUCAGUCUAUGGAGGAAGACUCAAGCGAGGAGUUUGCUCCUCCGAAGUACGAGUUCCAGUAUGGCGUGAAGGACGGAUACUCGGGCGUGGACUUUGCCCACGGAGAGUUCCGAGACGAGGAUGAGACUAGAGGCUCUUACACGGUGCAGCUUCCCGACGGUCGCCUGCAGAAGGUGACGUACUAUGUGGAUGGCGACGACGGAUACGUAGCCGACGUGACAUACGAGGGCGAGGCUCAGUUCCCGGAGUCCGAGGAAUCCCGAGAGGCUCGUGCGUACGCCCCACCAAGGCCCUCCUACGGGUACCCACAAUAA